GCUCGGCGCUGCUCGGCAGUCGCGGCUCGGAGCCUUCGGCGCCGCACUCGCUUCUCGGCGGGCGGCGGGCGGCGGCGGCGGCGCUCGGGAGCCCGCGAGGACCAUGGCGGACCCGGCCGUGUGCGGCUUCCUCACCGCGCUCCUGUGCGCCCAGGGGGGCCGCUUGGCCCUCCGCCAACUCCUCGGCCUCAUCGAGCUGUCGGAGGAGCAGCUCCUGGAGGUGCUGAGCGAAGCCGGCCCCGAGCGCUUCGUGCUGCUGGCCCAGGGCCCCGACGCCGGUCCCGUCGUGCUGGCCACCACCCCGGUGCGAGUGUGCCGCCGCGUAACGUGCGGGGGCGCCUGCGAGGCCCUGCACCUCUGCAAGCUCAACCUUCUGGGCAGGUGCCGGCGCGAGAGCAAUUAUUGCAAAUAUUCCCAUGACAUUCAUUCAGAAAAGAACAUCAAAAUCCUGAAAAAGCAUGAUAUUUCUGUACUUUCCAAAAAUGAGUUGGCUGUUCUCCUCCUCCAGAGUGACCCCUUUUUCCUUCCAGAUAUAUGCAAAUACUACAAGGGAGAAAACAAGAAAGACUCUUGCACUAACACAGAAUGCAUGAAACUGCACAUCUGUGAGCACUUCGUUGAAGGGAAAUGCGGCUUUGUGAACUGCAUUCGGUCCCAUGACUUGAUGGGUACAAAGGUCUUGGAACUCCUCAAAGAAGAAGGGCUGACCAUCCCAGUAAUUAGGAAUAUCCAGGACAUCUGUGAUCAGAAGCAUAUCAGGAGUAAAAAGCGUAUUUCCAGGAGAAGAGAUAAGUCAACCCAAAGAAAUGUAGGAUAUAGAAGCCAAAGCAGAAAUCGUUAUUUUUUUGGGACACAAGAAUUGCCAACAUCUCCUUCUGCCUCUGUUGAAACUGCCCACAUUCCAGAACCAGAUAAAACGGGCUCAGCACCAUUGCCAUCCUCUGAAGGCAAAGUGAAUGAGAAGGGAGUGCCUGAGAAUAACAGUUCUUUGAGGCAAGAUAGUGUCCAGUCAGUAUCAGCAUCAACUAAGACUGUCAGCAUCCAACAAGCGAGUCAACUUGGAACAAACUUGAGCCGCCGAGAAGGCCAGUAUGGUACCCAGGAUGGUACCCAGCAUGCUGUCUCCAUCUCUGCACCUGCUCCGGCUGCACCUGCAGGGGAUAGCCAGCUUUUCAGAAGAGUAAAGGUGUUAUUUGGGAACGAUGAUGACUCCUGCUCUGAUCCAGCUCCCCAGACCACUAGCAAAAGUGAAUCCAUGUCCUCUUCUAACGCUACAAGUGCAGGAAAUGACUGCGAAGGUCAGAAGGCCCAUCCUUCACUCGCUCCCAAUAAAAUUGUUGAUACGUGGGACAAGAAAAGCAGUGCUGUGGUGUUUUCAAAAUACAAGCCCGCAACUAAUGUAAAAAAACAGGAAUUUCCAUCUAAGAGUCAAGACAAUCAGUCCACGCUGGUGAAUGCCCAAAUGGCUAAGACGGCAACAUUGAAAGAACAGAAAACCCCAGCUGCAAAUAACCUAGUCACUAAUGACCAUCAUGAUAUGAGAUUAGAAACGUUGCAUGAAAAAAUGCAACGGUGGGAAUCGUCAGCACAUAAAGUGGAUGCCAUGACUCAGAACUUGGAAAGGAUUUAUAGAAAUGACAGAGAAGAGACCCUUUGUAUGCCUCAGAAGGACCAAGCCUCUCCCAGGGACAAAGCAGCAGCAGCCUAUGUACAACCAAAAACGCCAUCUGCAAGUGAUGUCCCCCAGAGUGGUAUUAAGAAGGAUGGUUUAGCCCAGUCUUCUUUACCAACAGCCCCAGACCUCAACAAAGCUGCAGCUUCCUUGAGGAAACAAGUUAUCCAUAUGCAGGACUCGAUUGGUAGCCCAAAGGGCUCUGUUUCUGCCUCUCCUAGCCAGACUCUGGCCACCUUGGGCAUCAAUAAAAGCAGAGCUGUAUCUCCUUCCAAAAGUACAAAUGCAGAGGAUUUCAGAGCCAGAAUUCUUAAUACAAUACCUUCAGGAAUGGAGAAUAAUAACUCCAAUAAGAUUUGUCUUGACUACCUUAAUGGAGAUUGUAAACUGAAGGAGUGCUGCAAAGAUAUCCAUUUUUACCUACCCUACCGAUGGCAGGUGUGCAUUUCCAAUGUCUGGGAAGAUUUAAAAGACAUGGAGGAGAUUGAGAAAGCUUAUUGUGAUCCAACUAUCUACAAAAGUCACAGUAUUGAUUUUCAGGAAAUGCUAUUAUUUGGUUUUUAUCCUGUCCGACGCCUUUCUACUCCAUCAACUAUCCAAAAUAGCACUUGUGCACUGAGCACUAAGUGGCACUGGUAUUGGAAGAAUGAAUUGGACCAGUGGAUUGAAUAUGGAAAAGAGGAGGAUUCAGAAUUCACUUCUGAAGAUCUGGAGUUGUUCUUUCUAGUCAGUCCAGAGACAGUUUCAUUAAGUCAUCAUAAAUAUAAACUGAAUUUUAACGAUAUGACCCAGACAAACAUAGUCUCUGGUAUUACAAGGGAAGUUCGAAGGCGGCCUCAAUUUGUGUCCUCUGUGACUGUAUACUGGAAUCAGAAACGGAAAAACCAAUCCCGAGAGCAAAACACUGAAGAGUCUUUCAAUUUCCCUUCAUCCUGGAAUCAAAUGGACCUGUCAGAAAGAAAAUAUGAGAUUCCUUCAUCUUCUGCAGCAUGUGAAAGAAAUUGUUCUCUGGUCGAAAACACUCACAAUGAAUCAAGAAGUACACAAGCAUGUGGAAAGAUAAAGAAGCUGAUCUCAAUGUGGGAAAUCCUUCAGUUUACACAAGUCCAUAAAGAAGAAAAUCAUAAAAUAUCAGGAGAAGCAGAAACUACUGGUAGUGACAGCUCAGAAAAUGAGACAGGUUUGAAAUAGGUCAUUCAACUAAAUUCUAGUUAAGUAAAUUUUGAAGGGUUUUCUUCCUUGUCUCCUUUUCUGAAUUUCACUGUUUCUUGUUUUAGAGUCAUAGGUAUGACAUAUCUAAUGAUUUUGUUAACUAUAAUGUUGCUUUGUUCCCAAAUUUCUGUUUGCUUAUCAUUAAUUAACAAUCCUCUCAUCUCCAAAAGUGGGAUUUUGUAUCGAGGUUUUCAGUAGUUUGUUAUAAUUUGAAGAAAAAAAUAAAAAAAGUUACUUAAUUGUAAAUUUAAUUAGUAAUUUUUAAUUCUUGUUUGAAUAAACUAAGUUAAAUCAUAUGUUGAAUCUUCUGAUCAUGAUCAUUUUUGUGCAAAUCAGCUUGUUGACAAGUCUUUUUGCUCCAGGGGCUUGUAGCCGGUCCUAUACAUGUACCUUAUAUUAUAAAUAUUGUCUAUAUCCUUUCAGAUAUGCCUGUCUUAAGCUUACUAAAAGGUAUUGUGUCAUUGCUAAUUAUUCGGUGAGGGAGAGUAAUAUCUAAACUGUUUAUAUGGCUGUACUCUACUUGAAUCACUACCCAGUGGUCUCAUCAGAAUCUCUCUGGACUGUGCACCAGAGAGUUCUCAUUGGUUGAGAAUUAUAAAAUAUACCCUGGUUGAGUUCAGAAUUUAGAUUAAGGGAUUACAUGGAAUAUUGUUCAAAAAUACUUUUUAGAAAGAAUUUUUCAUCUCUGUCCAAAGACCCUCCACAUUUGCAGAACAUAAGUAAUUAUAGUUAUCCUGUCCACAUCAUAACUUUCUCCAAUGCCGUUUUGAUAUAUCACAGGUCAGCAUAAGAAUUAAAAGGAGAAUUUUGGGGUGGUUUUUGGGACCUGCAAGGUGGCCUAUAAAGGCCAGCAGAUGAUACAGAAAAAGCGUAGAAAUUUAAAAAUGCAGGAUUGUUAUUUUAAAAUACAUUCCGCUAGACUAUGGCAUAAUAUGAGAAAAUGUUAAGUUCUUAUAUGAUUUCCUAAGGAAAAUCUUUACUCUACAGAUAUUACAUGGAUUUCUAGAUUGUUGUGAGGCAGUAAGGAAUGGGGAUUAGGAAGAAAGGGAUUACAAAACUGUAUCUCCAAUAUCUGAUUCCAAGGCAGGGUGGAUUUAGGAAGCCAUGAUCUCCUCAUCCUCCUGUGAUCCUGACUAUUGACAAUGAAUGUCUUGGACCAUGGUAACCCUCUGACAAUAGCUGCCAUCACCAUGGGAUAACCUGGAAUAUUCCACCCUGUUAUGUAGAUUCUUUGUCCAUGGCCUAUUAAAAAAAUCUCUUUCAAGAUUGAAGGAUGAACAAAAGGAAAAACCCCAAUCUGUGUACUUGUGCCAGUCUUAUGUGAAAUUUGUACUUCUUCAACUUCAUGCUUUUCAGAAAUUAUAGACAAAUGAAAAAUGUUAAUUUUUACAAGCUGGACUCCUGCUAAGGUUAGUGUAGGGGGUAAAGUAGAGGAGUAAUAAACCCAAAUCCCAUUUUUAAAGAACUAUAAUCAUUACACAAGCCCAAAGGGGAAAAAUGAU